AGUGGAGGCCGCUGUGGGCGGAGCGUCACGGAGAGGCGAGGGCCGACUGGGGCGGGGGCAUGUGGGAGGAGCAAGAAGGAGGCUGUGGGCCGGCCUAGCGGGGCCUCCGGAUCUGGGUCAGGGCGAGUGCUGAGCGCCUACGCGGUGGGUCUCCGCUGCUGUCGCAUCCUGGGUAGGUCCCUGUUGUGCUCGCCGCCCUUAACCCGCACCGAGAGCCAUGGCCCAGCCGCCGCCCGACGUCAGUGAGGACGAGUGUCUUCCCGAGUACCGCCAUCUCUUCUGCCCGGACCUUCUACGGGACAAAGUGGCCUUCAUCACAGGUGGUGGCUCUGGGAUUGGGUUCCGAAUUGCUGAGAUUUUCAUGCGGCACGGCUGCCACACUGUCAUCGCCAGCAGAAGCCUUCCAAGAGUGUCAAUGGCUGCCAGAAAGCUGGCUGCUGCCACUGGCCAGCGAUGCCUGCCUUUGUCUCUGGACGUUCGCGCUCCCCCGGCCAUCACAGCUGCUGUGGACCAGGCACUGAAGGAGUUUGGGAAAAUUGACAUUCUCAUUAACUGUGCGGCCGGAAACUUCCUGUGCCCUGCCAGCACAUUGUCGUUCAACGCCUUCAAGACCGUGAUGGACAUUGACACCUUGGGCACCUUCAACACGUCUCGUGUGCUUUAUGAGAAGUUCUUCCGGGACCAUGGAGGGGUGAUCGUGAACAUCACUGCGACCCUGGGCAGCCGGGGGCAGGUGCUUCAAGUGCACGCAGGCUCUGCCAAGGCGGCUGUGGAGGCAAUGACACGGCACUUGGCUGUGGAGUGGGGUCCCCAGAACAUCCGUGUCAACAGCCUCGCCCCCGGCCUCAUCAGCGGCACAGAGGGGUUCUGGCGCCUGGACAGGUGUCUGAAGCAAAGGAGGCCUUCUGAAGGGAAUCUUGUCCACAACCCCUCUUGGGACGCCUCCUGCGGUGCUCUUUCCAGGACCUGCCUCCCACCCACAGAGAGCAUCAAAUUGGACAGUGCAGCGGCAUCAGAAUCCGAGACUGGCCUCUCCCCCGGGAGCCCUGCUGUGUCCACCUUCCCUCCCCCCGGCCCCAUCUCCCGUGCUCGGGCAGGAGUGACCAGGCUAUGAUGCUGCCCGCUGACCUGCCCGCACCACGCGGGUGUCGCCAGAGGGGCUUUGACAUUCCAGAGCUGCCCCGGGAGUGGGGCUGCAGCCACGGUGCUGCCCCACGUGCCUGCCCUGCCUCGCCCCGGCCUGGGAGGCCUUCAUUCUGCUGCUGCAGAAAGCGGGUGUCCCAUGGGUGUCCCGAGGCAGCCCUGCUGCAGAAAGCGGGCCUUUCAGGCUCCCCGUCUUCCCUUCCUGGCUCUUCCAUUUUGGGAUCUUAUUCGGCUAAACCAGGAAGCCAAACCAGGGAGACUAGAAAAGCAUCUUUGACCCCUCCCACCCCAGGCCUGGUAUCCUGGAUCCCCUUACCAGGGUGUUGGGCUGCAUACGGGAUCCCCCGCCUGGGGGUCACCCAUCCCUAUCAGCCUUUGGUGACACGGGCUGGGUUGCUCCCCACCUGUCCUGGAGCCAGUCUGUCCUUUGCUGGGACGUCCUAGUGGACUUAGUCCUUUGCCAUUCAGAGACUACUUUCUAGGUCCUCCAGCUGGCCAUUGUCUUCAUCAGCACCUCCCAUAGUUCCAAAGGGCUCAGAAAAUUCUGGCCUCAGGGGCGCCUCGGGGGCUCAGUCGGUUGAGGGUCUGACUCUUGAUUUUGGCUCAGGUCGGGAGUUCACGGUUCGUGGGAUCAAGCCCUGUGCUGACAGUGGAGCCUGCUUGGGAUUUUCUCUCUCUCCCUCUCUCUCUCUCUUUUCCCCUCCCCCGCUUUCUCUCUCUCUCAGAAUAAAUAAAUAAACAAAUUUUAAAAACUA